AUGGCAAUGGUAACAUUGUCCUCUGGUGGCGGAGAGGGUGGUGGUUGUUGUUUCGUCUUCAGUCUUGUAGUGGAUGCGGCCGUCUUUGUAUUCAAUGUGUUUGUCUUUAUCGGUGUCUGUGUCUGUGUCUUUGUCGUCUUUGUAGUCGUAGACGUUGUCUUUGUUUUUGUCGGUGUCGUUGAUGGUGAUGGAGUACUCAACAGUUUGCUACUUCGCCUUGUCCUCAUUGUUGUUUGUUGUUGUGUUUCACAGUCAUUCUCAUCUAUUAUUAUAUAUCCACCUCCUACAUGA